CUCAGCAUCAUAUAACACACUCCGUCUCUCCCUACAGGACCUCGUGUGGCGCCCUGCAGUAGCACACACCACCUCCACGCGGCAGGUGUGGUGGUUCCCCGGUGUGGCAGAAGAGGGCGUGCGCGAGACUGCCAUGACGUGGUGGUCGCUAUAGCCCCAGACACCCACCCCUCGCUUCCACACCCUCCACUCACCACCUCAACCUGACCCCCUCAGCCCCUGCCCUCCCUCCUCCUCCUCCUCCACCACCACCUCCUUCUCCACCUCCACUUCCGCCACCUCCACCUCCUCUUCGACACGCGUGACCUCCCUCCCUCCCUCCCUCCCUCUCCUUGGCACUCAUCCCCACCCGUCCCUUCCCUCACGGCACAAACACCCCACCUGUCCCUUCCCACUCGCAGCAUCCACUUACCACACACACGCGCAUUCACACAAGCAAACAAACACCAGAUCCGCUCACACGCAAAGGAGCAGGUUUACAGACGCCCCACACACUCACACUCACGCACACGCAUACGCACACAGUUCCAUGACGUACGGUGCGUCGGGGAGCCCCAUGAGCUUAACGGUACUCAGGCUUCUCUUUCACAGUCUUCCUUCCAAAAGGUGAUACGAGAAUUGCGGGGGACACUCCCUCUUAAGAACUCCAUAACAAAGCCAAUUCAUCUCACUCUCAACUCUUGCCGCAUUCCAUUAACAACGCACACCUAACAUUCCAAAGAAGGAUCAAUUAGGAAAGAUAUACAUUCCAUCCUAGCUGUUACUGCAUAUUUAUACUAAUCUGAAGGUAAAACAACAAAAGACGUUUACAGGUAUUGUCCUACAUUCCAUCACAUUCAAAACUGCGGUUACUAUAAGCUCCUCAUUCAUUCACAUCUGCCCUCUCUUUUCUCUUUUCCUGUAACGAGAAAUAACAAUAACCUAACCCAACCUAACAUAACCUUGAGCGUCGCCACCACCACCACCACAACCCACAAACCGCCAAAAUGUUUCGCUCUUCGCGUCUUCGAGUCCACACGUGCAAGAUCGUCCUCAUCACGUCCAUGGUAUGGUUCGCGAUGGACGUGGCGGUCAUCAUGUACUACAGCGACUGCGCCUCUGGGUCUGGCUGGGGCUGCAGCAGGAUCGAGGCCGGCACGAGCCCCGCGAGGGAAGGGCGGGCGGACCACCACAAGGGCCGCGCCAUCAGGAACCACCAGAGUGAACAUGACGACCUUGACCUGGGUGGAUGGCACUUCGACUACCCAGUAGGACAGUUGAAGCGAUGGGAGGCGCGUCCUACGGUCCCGGAGCACCCUGGCUCGCCGGGGGAGAUGGGCAAGCCGGUGAGGACGCCGGCGGGGCAGGAGGCGCUAAUGAAGGAGAAGUUUAAGCUCAAUCAGUUCAACCUCCUCGCGUCGGAUUCCAUCAGUCUGAACCGCUCCCUCCCCGACGUGCGCCUCGACGGGUGUAAAAGCAAGAACUACCCGCCCCUCAUGCCCACCACCUCCAUUGUGAUCGUCUUCCACAACGAGGCGUGGUCCACCCUGCUGCGCACCGUGUGGUCCAUCAUUCAGCGGUCCCCUCGCGCCCUACUGCAGGAGAUCCUACUCGUUGACGAUGCUUCCGAGCGAGACUACCUGGGCGAGGAGCUGGAGCAGUAUGUGAAGACGCUGCCGGUGCCCGUCAAGGUGCUGCGGACCGGGGAACGCUCGGGGCUGAUUCGCGCCCGCCUGCUGGGAGCCCGCGAGGUGACGGGGCAGGUCAUCACCUUCCUGGACGCCCACGUGGAGUGCACCGAGGGGUGGCUGGAACCCCUUCUGGCCCGCAUCGCCGAGGACAGGACGCGCGUGGUGUGCCCCAUCAUAGACGUCAUCUCCGACGAGACCUUCGAGUACGUCACAGCCUCAGACAUGACCUGGGGAGGCUUCAACUGGAAACUCAACUUCAGAUGGUACCGUGUUCCCCAGCGGGAGAUGGAGAGGCGUGGAGGUGACAGAACCCAGCCAUUGAGGACCCCAACCAUGGCAGGAGGCCUCUUCGCUAUCGACAAGGACUACUUUGAGAAGAUUGGCCGUUAUGAUGAAGGAAUGGACAUCUGGGGAGGAGAGAACCUUGAAAUGUCCUUUAGGAUCUGGCAGUGUGGAGGCCAGCUAGAGAUCAUCCCCUGCUCCCACGUGGGCCAUGUGUUCCGUGACAAGUCCCCGUACUCAUUCCCGGGGGGUGUGGUCAACGUGGUCAUGAAGAACUCUGCCCGUGUGGCUGAGGUCUGGAUGGACGAGUGGAGAGACUUUUUCUUUGAGAUGAACCCAGGCGCGCGGAGUGUGGAUUACGGGGAUGUGAGCGAGCGCAGGAAGCUCAGGAAGGACCUUAAGUGCAAGAGUUUCCGUUGGUUCCUGGAGAACAUCUACCCUGAGUCCCAGAUGCCUCUUGACUACUACUAUCUGGGAGAGAUUCGCAACGUGGAGACACAGAGCUGCCUGGACACUCUGGGCCGCAAGAGUGGGGAGAAUCUGGGCACCAGCUACUGCCAUGGGCUGGGAGGCAACCAGGUGUUUGCCUACACCAAGAGGCAGCAGAUCAUGUCUGAUGACAACUGCCUGGAUGCAUCCAACCCAAGUGGACCAGUGAAGCUUGUGCGCUGCCAUGGAAUGGGUGGCAAUCAGAUGUGGACCUACAAUCAAGCGGACGGGUCUCUGAAGCAUGUCAACUCUGGACGUUGUCUUCAGAAGCCAGAUGCUCGAGACGUGACCCUUCCGGUGCUCAAGCCUUGUGAUGGCACGGCAGCACAGCAGUGGGUCAUGAAUGGCUCUUUCAAGUGGCAGGCCAAUUAACAACCUGUAUGCACUUAUAUUAACUAGAAAACUACACCAUAAUAUAUUGAAAUGAACAUGAGACAGGUGUGGUGCUUAAAAAUAUAUUUAAUGUAGACUCUGUGAUAAGACAGAAAACUUUCUUGUGUGGUGACCUAGUGUUUGUUGGUUCAUGAAUAAGAGUGUGAUAAUGAACUGUUUCCUCUCAGACUAGAGUACUUUUAUCAUGGUUGUGAUGAUGAGCAGUGCAACGUGACACCAGUGUAUGUGUAAGAAGCUGAUAUGAAGCAAGUGAUUUUGCACAGCUUCUGAAAGGAACUUACAGGGUUUCUUUGCUGGUACUUAACACACACAUAUAAGAGUGACUUUAGUUUCCUAGUGUCAGACCUGGGCCUGCAAAGAGAUGUACACUAAUGGGUACUCCUAUACCUGCAAAUAAAAAAUAGGAUAUAUUGUAUGUGAUUUGGUUACUGAUUAGAUCAAUAAAGAGUGAUGUUGAGUCUUGCUUACAAAUUAUGUGGCUCAAAUAGUAUGAUGAUAUUCUCAGAUGAAAAGUUAAUAAGUAUUACUGAGUGGUCCUCAUAGUAACCAGCAACACCCUAGCUGGACUUUUUUUUUCUACAUACAAAAGUGAAGAACAGUGCAAAUAUUGCAGGAGUCCGUAAUGGUGAUAGGAGCUACACAUUAGGAGUGAUGUCUUUCCAUGCUUGUAAUUCUUCCAGACAGAAUGGACAUUUCACAAAUAUCAUAUAUAUAUAUAUAUAUAUAUAUAUAUAUAUAUAUAUAUAUAUAUAUAUAUAUAUAUAUAUAUAUAUAUAUAUAUAUAUAUAUAUCAUGUAAAUAUGCUGUCCCAUUACUUCCAGAGAUCUAGCUUCCUUUGCCAUCUGUCCAGGUGGGAGUGUGAAUUAGUGCCUUCUGAGAGAGCCAGAGAAGGUUUAUUUGAUGUUAUUCUGAUAUUCACACCUGGACCACAGAAGAGCCAUGUUGGUUGCUGUGUUAAGCUAACAGGCUGAUGCAGGGAGAAGCACAAGUAGUGGCAAAAACUUAAGUAAUUGAGAAAAAAAACCUGCCGAAUUUUCUUCUGUCUAGAAGUUUUCUGCACCCAGCAAUGCUGUAACUAAAAAGGAUCUUAGAUCUUUUUAUCUUCUCAUAACAUCAGUUAUCAGCUGUUGGGCUAGGAUAACAAUGAACAUUUGCUAUACUUUAUUUGUUAUUUUUGUACUUAUUAGGGGUAAACUUUCCAUUUGAUUCAGGGUUUUCUUGUAAACAAUGCAGUAAUGAGUGCUGCACUUGUGGUUCUUCCUUUUAUCAGCACCAUAUGUACAGUAGAUAAAGCUUUGUGUUGUAUCAUAUGAACUCCAUUUGUUAUUGCCAAAUGUAUGAAACAUUUAUGCCUUUGUAACUGGUUGAAUAGGUGCAGGCAACGUGAUUGGCUCAAAGAGGAGAAAUGAAUGCCUCACAAGAGUCUCACUGGUGGCCUGCCUUAUGGCACCCAGACCAGGUAUGUGGCAGGAAAAUGUCUUCAAAACUGACAUAUGUACUGUUAACUUUUUUUUUUAUUCUAUAGAUUGUGAAAUUUUAUUUUAUAAUAAUGCAAAUUUGAAAAUGCAGCAAUGUAAUAGUGAGUGGAGUGGCUGCACUGUGAUACUUGCACAAGAUUCUUCAAAAGCACAUCUCACAUUAUAACUUAGGUAAAAUUUGAGUAACUAAUGAUGAAUGAAGCCAAAGCAGCAAAGGAUAGGUAGAACAGAAAGAAAUGUGGUAUUUUUAUAUUGUAAGUAUGGUGAAAUGUGUGCACAUUGCCAGGUCUGGCUGGUGACUUAAGGUUCCUGGAAAGAUGGAACCCCAAGGAUCUCUCAGCAUGCACUACUGUUGUGAAGAGAUUGAAUUCCAUAAUGUGUAGUGUUCCAGGUGAGCCAAGUGUUUGCAGUGCAGAGUUAGUGAGAGCUUUCCUGCUGAAUGAGAUCAGCUGGCCUGAAGUGGUGGCACUCUGAGCUGCAAAUGUUGAUCAGUGUCCCUUGUGUCAAAUGGUGACUUUGUUUAUUCCUCAGGUGGUAUGAUGUGCUCCUUGCUCUCCUCCUGCCAGUUUGUUAGUGGCAUGGCACUGCUGAUGAAAGAAAUUUAUUUAAUGAAAAGCCAUGCAGUGUCAUCUCUAUAAUUAGAAUGAACUCUUCUUUUGUAUCUGGAAGCAUUCAAUGAUGAUAAAUUCCCUCUUAGUUGUGAUGCAUUUAAUAUUUAAGAGGAAUUAAUAUUCAUUUCAUUGUUAUUUGCUGUGCAGAUUUUCAAGCCAUAAGGAGCCAUGAAUUAUGUAAUUAUAUGUAAUUAGUCUUUACAGUGGUGAUGGUGUUUGGGGCUGGAUUGAGAAUGUACUUCCAAUUAUCCUAUGGUGAUGGUGAAGAUGUUAUUUUUAUUGACUAUGUUACAUUAGUUUCAUCUCUUGCAUUAUCAUUUUCAUGAUCAUUAAUAUAUUACAUCAUAAUCAUUAAUAAUGAUAAAUGAUCAAAAAUUAGAAUUCAGCAAGAGGCUGUGAUGGUGUUUUUUCCUGAAAAGAGGACCAUUAAGGGCAACAAAGGGAACAGCACUGAGAACCUUGCUGUGUGAAGCACUUCUGUAACAUUGUGACCAAGAAUAGAUGAAGGGCAAAAUUUUAUCCAUAUUGAAACCUGAGAGCACAGAAUACAAAUUAAACACAUCAUAUAUGAAUGUAAGGUAAAUUUCAAGCCAUGUGCAUUAUAUUAAUGGCAAGAAAAGUAUACAGUAGGUACAACACACAUACUGGUAGAAAUAAUGCAGCCUUGAAAGCUUUCAUUAUACCUUUUUUCCUUGUUUACUCAUCCUUAGUAUGUAGUGCAUAAGAAACUGAAAAGAGAAAAAAUUAUAAUUAGCAAAAUUUGAUUAUUUUGCAUUCCCUGUUGAGAGUGACGAGUGAGAGGGUGUUGGUUAGGUGGGCCUGUCCUUGUUCAGCAGCAGUGUGUUGGUUGGGUGGGCUGCCUUGUCUGGCAGCAAUGUGUUGGCAGCCACUACCACCUGGGUAGGGCACAGCUUACUGAACCCUCUAUCUCUCUCUCUCUCCCUUUUGAGUAAAAAUCACUGAAAUAUAAAUUGCUUAACUACAUACAUUUUCAUAUUUGCUUAUAUGUAUUACAGUAAUUUGAUGACAAAAAUUUACUGACUAAAAAAUGAACUUGUUAAAAUUGUAGAAAUUUAUUUUUUUUAAUUAAUUAAUUUAUUUAUUUAUUUAAUUUUAUUUAUUUACUUAUUUUUCUUUACUUAGUUGAGGACUAAUUUCAUAGGCCCAAGAAUUGGAUGAUAUUCAGGCUAACAUGGACAGGAUUAUAUGUGUUGUAGGGUAGACAGUUAGAGUAACACAUGACAAUUUGUUUGAAACCUGGUAUCUCAGCAGCCUUGUUAUCUCUAGGGAUAAUCAUUUGAAAUUAUCAUGUAUUGUACUCAUACAGCUUGAAGAACUGUUUGGAUAGUGAUGUAUAUUUGAUUUUUUUUUUAAUAACUUAUACUUUUACAUUCCAAAUUUGUUUAAUUUACAUUCCAAAAUUUUUGAAUAUAUAGGAUUGGAUAGAGAUUCAUAGAUUUAAUGUAAAAUUUCAUUGCUCACCUUUUUUUUUUGUAAUAUAUUUUUUAUGACCAAAAUGUCUUCUUUUUCUUUUUAAGCACAAGGGAGCUGCUAUGCCUUCCCUAAUGGAGCCAUUCCUGAAUAUGUAGUGGGUAAUUUGUAACCAAGAACUUUUUCACUGCAAGCAAAGUGUGUUUGUGCUUGAUUUGUAAUCAAGAACUGUUUAACUGCAAGCAAUGUGUGCUUGAAGUUUAUAUGAAUAAUCCACAUAACAUUUCUUGAGUAUAGAAAUAUUUUCCCUUAUAGCAAAGAUGUAAUACAAUGUGAACCUGCGAAGCAUUCCAUCUUGCCAGUGAUGCAAAAUGUGCUUAUGAAAUACUGGACAAGGACUGUGUGCUUGUAAACACGUGCAAUGAUUUGUAUACAAUCAGAUUUCCUUGACAAACUAUUUCUUAUAAUAUAUCAACAAUUUUUAAUUCUCGAAACUUUGACAUUUGUCCUUCAAGUGAAACCAUGAAUUAGAUAGUGACAAAGCCACAAGUGUAGCAACAGACUGCUGUCCUCAAAGACAACAAAGGGUCUGUUGUCACUUUCAUGCUGAGCUUCCGUCAUGUGGUAACAAUGUAAUUUACACAUUAGUUAAUUAUUACUUAAUUCAUUGUGCAUCGAUGAAAUUUGUAUUGGUUGUCGAUUCAUAAAUUAAACUAUAUUAAAUAAUUCCAGCAUAUAUUACAGGAUAUGGAAUUUGAGAUAAGAACAUGGUUAUGCAGGACCUGAUUCACCUCUUUUAUGCUGAUGGCUUAAUUUGUUGGGUCAUUGGUGGUGUGAGUUGGUAAGACUAAGCAGGAGGGACAGAGGGAAACUUUGGGGUAAUUCAUAUUUCAGUAAAUAGGAAUGUUUAUCUGUGCCACUAUAAUUAAUUAUUGUUGAUUGAUGUAACAAAAAGAUGGGAUUGUUGAAUAAUCUUCCUUUAUUCCUAAAUAAGGUGCUUUUAUAUCAAUAUCAAUAAGCUCAAGUGAAUCUGUUGACUUCAUUUAACAUUUUCUUUUUCCAUCAUCUACAUCAACAUCAAUUCAUCUCAGAUAAUUUCAUAGUAGCUUAAGAUGUAAAGUAUAGGGAAGAUGUAUAUUUUCAUGUGUUUGGGAUGAACAGAAAUAAGCUGUGUGUCAUGAAAUGUGUUACUUAAGCAGGGUUUCCCUGUCUUCUGGAUACACAUUUUAUUUUGUUAUGUUAUUUCAUUAAUUUUUUCCUCACUAGAUCAUGAAGAUAGUUUCUAUAAAUGUUCAUAUUUGCAUUUAUCAGUAUGGCUUUAUAACAUUCAGUCAGUUUAUAAUAUCAGUGAAUUUUCAAAUGUCAUUCCAAAUGUGAAGUAUUGACACAUGCCGUAAAUGUGAAUGCUUGUGUUUGUAUACAUACUACGUAUGUACACGUGCAUGGUGAAGGGAACAUUUCAAAGUUUUUAAUAAAUAGUUUCUUCACAG